AUGGAUGCACAAAUGGCCGAUACCGAGAAAGGCACCCAAAGCACCAUUGGGAGUGGUCCCACUUCACCGAGCAUCACCAUCGACAACAGCGCAAGUUCGGAAAACGAAAGCCACCUUGAAAGUCACCAUAUCCCAUGUUUUUGCGUCCCACUUUCCAACCAACGUUUUGGGAGAAAUCUGGUCGUAACCAUUGACGGAACAGCCAACCAGUUUGGACUCAAGAAUACAAAUAUCGUCGAAUUAUAUAGUCGUUUGGUCAAAGACGAAGGCCAACUUACCUACUACAAUAGUGGAAUUGGGACAUACGUCCCCGAUUCGGCAUCGUGGGCUUCGUUCAGUCAGUUCAUAUCCCAUCAGUGGGACAAGGCCUUUGCGUCAAAUUUCAAAACAAGGGUUCUCAAAGCAUAUGCAUGGCUUUCCGAAAACUACAAACAAGGGGAUCGAAUAUUUUUAUUUGGCUUCUCUCGCGGUGCCUAUCAGGUCAGGGUUAUUGCUGGAAUGAUAGAGAAGGUGGGCCUCCUCCACAAGGGUAACACGGAACAAAUUCCAUUUGCAUAUGAUCUUUACAUCGCAACCUUGAAAAGGAAAAUGCCGGGAGCACCUACAACGUCUAUUUCAACUGAGCGACCUUAUGAAAAGAGCGCGGCCAAAGGAAGACCAAAGGAGACUCCCGAGCACUUGUGCAGGCAAUUUAAGAAGUCGCUUUCAAAUGAUAAAGUUGUUGUUCACUUUGUCGGCUCAUGGGACACUGUGUCGUCAGUUGGCGCUUUGCGUUCCGAAUGUUUACCAGAAACAACAACCGGGAUGGAGCACGUCUGCGCCUUCCGUCAUGCGCUUGCUCUUGACGAGUUGAGAGUGAAGUUUCUACCUGAAUAUGCAAACGGCGGUGCGGGUCCGCCAGAUCGAGACUCCGAACCUGUCCAAAAUGAGGCAAAGGAAACUGUUGUCCAACAUGCUGAAAGGUCUACUAUGACAAAACGAGGCAACAUAAAAGAAGUCUGGUUUGCUGGGUCCCAUUCAGAUGUUGGUGGCGGAAAUGAUGACAAUCCGGAGAACGACCAGUUUGGCCCUUCUUUGCGCUGGAUGACAUAUGAAGCGAUAUUAUGGGGGCUGCGUAUGAAGCCCUUCCACAAGGAAUGGGUGCCUCCAAAAUCUCGAUCAUCGAUGACCUUGGUGUGGACCAUACUCGAAGGGCUUCCAAUAUCGCAUCUUUCCUACAGAGACGCUAGCAGCGUGACACGACGGCCCCAUUUGAAAAGCCCUCGUCUUAUACAACCCGGGCAACUAAUCCAUGCGUCAGUUUUCGAAUUGAUGCACCAAGAGCCCGGGUAUCGUCCCAAAGCUCAAUUCUCAGACAAAACGAAGUGGGAUUCAGCUUUAUCAACCUACCUGGAAAGUACCCGUGAUACGAAGACUUUGAAGGCCAAUAAUAUCGAAAAUGAUCCCUAUAUCCAGCCAAGCAAAAUAUUGGACACCAUUGCGAAGCGACGGCAUAAAGUUAAAACCGCGGAUUAUGAUCAACUUCUGAAGCUAUCAUUUACCGAAACUUACAAUGCAGAGCAUAUAUUGGCUCGUGCUCUUGCAGACGAGUCGAAAGAAGAACCAGUAUCGGAAGCAACAUUCCGCCGCAUUGCAACCAUAGCGAAGAUAAUGGACAGAUGUUUCGAUAUCAUUCCCGCCGAAUUCCUUGAAAAUUAUUCGGAGCCGCCUGCAUCAGCUUGGGAAAUUCUCAAUCAACUUUAUCCCGAACACUCAAGUUCGAGAUCCAAAUUUCUUCAUCGGUUUGCCAAUAGAGACGCUCGGUUGAAACAAGUCGAGGAAGAGGUUGAUACAUACAGCCGUGCCUUGCAAGGCAAACCUCAACCAGCCAGACAUGUCCGUCUGGAAUAUAUCAAAAAACUAGUGGUGGGAUUGCUGGACUCCCUUGUACUGGCCAACCAACAGCCUACUAAACUUUCUGAGCACCUCCACACUUGUUUGCCCACCUACAAGCAGGCUCUUCGGUUUCUUGAACUGUCGUAUUCCGAUCGAUCCGCUCUCAUCAAAACUCUCGCCAAAGAGAUUGAUAGCAAUUUUGCCUGUGGUGGAGAAGGUUUUCUAGACGAGCGGAUAGCAUUGUUCAAAAGCUCUUUUGAACUCAUACCCACCGACAGUGCCAACCAAGAAGAUCAUCUACAGGACCUGUUGCCUGCUUUAUAUCAGCGAUUUGAGGAAACUUCUCAGCAUGAAGACAUUGACGAAAUUCUCUCGUACAAUUCGGAGAUCCAGGGUCUCCUUUCUGCAUGGCAGCCCCAUCCCGUCGCGAGUAAUCUGGCAGCUACCUUGGCGUCUUCUUGUAUGGUUCGAUUCAAAUUGACUAGUGAAUUUCACUAUAUCGACGAAGCUCUUUCACAUCUUCAAGGGAGCAUACUCAACUGUCCUGCAUCUGACCCCAAUCGUGCGGACCUUUACGUCAUACAGGGCGAUUGGUGUCAUCUUCGCUUCAAGGAAACUGGCCAGGUAUCAUACUUAGAUCAAGCAGAUCAGUCAUAUCAUCGUGCUAUUAGCAUUCGCCGUGUUUAUGAACAAAAGGAUUCUUAUCCAAAAACCAAAGAAGCAGCCAUUCUUUGCGAUCGCUUCAAGUUGACACGGCAAAGAAGUUUCCUCGACAAUGCAAUCAAUUUCCAUCGAAGCUCUUUGCCUCUCAUUUCCACGCGGCCACACGAGCUAGCUUCAGCAUCCUUUGACUUUGCAGAUGCACUUCUUACCCUCUUUGUUGAAACAGGCGAAUUCUGCCACUUGAAUGAGGCAAUUGAACACUACGAAAGUGCCCUGAUAUUCAAUAAGAAACCUCGGUUCUCGAGGGCGAAAUGUCUGAACGGACUAGGUGUUGCGCUUCGGAAACGGUUCGAGAUCAAUCGACAGUAUGUUGACCUUGCCAGGGCCAUUGAAUUGCACGAAGAAGCUCUAACUCUGUGCCCUGAGCCAUAUAUUGAACGGGAUAAUUGCUUCAGCGGGCUUGCAUCAGCCUUUGCUACUCGUUACUCAAGUUCAAAUCAAAGAUCUGAUUACAACAAAGCUGUCGAACAGUAUCACAACGCACUAUUGCUUCUUCCACCUUCACACCCUAGCAGAACAGUUUCUCUUGUUGGGUUAGCAACAAUCCUCCAAAAACCCUACGAAACGACAAAUCAACGAAACGUACUACAGCAAGCCACAACACUAUUUCGAGAUGCGCUUUUGUUGCUACCAUCACAUCACGUUGAACGAGCUGACGCAUUGUUCGGACUUGCUGCCGUCCUAAGAAGCCAAUUUGAUUUGUGCUUCCAGGAAUCUCUCCAAAAUAAUCCCAGAAAUAGUACGAAACGCCAUGAUACCAUUGAUGAUUCACCACCAUCCUACACCGAACAACUCAUGAAUUCCUUUUCGUUUCAAGUGGCACUACAACACUAUCGCGCUCCGUUAACACAUAGAGGUCAUGUCUUCAACACUGUUGGCCUUGCAAGCUCGUUCCAGAGUCUUAAGCUUAAAACUGCACCGUUAUCCAAGGCCACUACUCUCGAGUCUUCACACUCCAUUGACACACCGACUUCAAGCACCCCUCUGGCACUGGAUAAUCCAUCACCAACUGGUACAAUCAAUGGCGCCGAUGCGAAUUAUCAAUCCAUAACCGCAGACGCCUCUUUCGCUUUUCUUGAUGAAGCAAUAAAAUUGCUCAAAGAAACUCUACCCCUGCGCCCUUUCCCUCAUCCUGCUCGAGUCGAGUCUCUGAGUUUACUGGUGGAUAUCUUGGAGAGGAGAUCAGGGAAUACGGACCAAGCUGAACUGCUCGCAUAUCGGCAUGAACUAGCCAACCUGAGGAAAUCUGGAGAGUCAAGUGGUCUAUAA